AGCGCCGGUGAAGAUGCUGCAGUCCCUGGCUGGCAGCUCGUGCAUGCUCUUGGUGGAGUGGCACCGCUCGGCCUGGUGCUUUGGCUUCCUGGUGCUGGGCUACCUGCUCUACCUGAUGUUUGGCGCUGGCACCGUGGUCUUCUCCUCAGUGGAGCUGCCCUACAUGGACCUACUGUGCCAGGAGCUGCGCAAGCUGAAACGGCACUUCCUGGAGGAGCAUGAGUGCUUUUUGGAGCAGCAGCUCGAGCAGUUCCUGGGCUGCAUGCUGGAGGCCAGCAACUAUGGCGUGUCGGUGCUCAGCAACACCUCAGGCAACUGGAACUGGGACUUCACCUCUGCACUUUUCUCCAGCACCGUGCUGUCCACCACAGGUUAUGGCCACACUGUGCCCUUGUCAGAUGGGGGUAAGGCCUUUUGCAUCAUCUACUCAGUCAUCGGUGUCCCCUUCACCCUACUGUUCCUGAUGGCUGUGGUCCAGUGCAUCUCUGUGCAUGUCACCUGCAGGUCUGUCCUCUACUUCCACAUCUGCUGGGGCUUCUCCAAGCAGGUGGUGGCCAUCAUCCACAUCAUGCUUCUUGGGUUUGUCACCGUGUCCUGUUUCUUCUUCAUUAUGGCAGCUGUCUUCUCUGUCCUAGAGGAUGACUGGAACUUUCUCACAUCCUUUUAUUUUUGUUUUAUUUCCCUGAGCGCCAUUAGUCUAGGGGAUUAUGUUCCUGGAGAAGGCUACAAUCAAAAAUUCAGAGAGCUCUAUAAGAUUGGUAUCACGUGUUACCUGCUACUUGACCUGAUUUUCAUGCUGGUAGUUCUGGAAACCUUCUGUGAGCUCCAUGAGCUGAAGAAAUUCCAAAAAAUGUUCUAUGUGAAGAAGGACAAGGAUGAAGAUCAAGUGCACAUCAUAGAGCAUGACCAGCUGUCCUUCUCUUCCAUCACAGACCAAGCAGCUGGCAUGAAAGAGGAUCAGAAGCAGAGUGAGCCUUUUGUGGUCACUCCGUCGUCUGCCUGUGCAGAUGGCUCUGCAAACCAUUAG